GCUUUAUUCAAUCUGGUAUAGUGCAAAAAUAUAAGUGCAAAAGAUGGAAAAAAUUAUACCCUGUCUUUUGUUGGUUUGGACCGCUGUCGUAAGAACAGAACCACCAGUUAAUUCAUAUUUACCGCCAAAUGGCGGCCCAAGCUCGAGAUAUGGACCACCAGGCUACCAACCAGGUAUUCCAUUGGGGAACGGAAAUGGAAACGGCAACGGAAACGGAAAUGGUAAUGGAUAUAAUGGAGGACCUCCGGCUCCUGUUUAUGGAGCUCCAGCAAAUGGAAACGGAAAUGGUAAUGGCAACGGUAAUGGUUAUGACGUAAACAGUGAUCAGCAGCCUGGUACCAGUUACCUUCCUCCAAAUGGAAACGGAAAUGGAAAUGGUAAUGGAGCGCCACCAGCUGUGUAUGGUCCACCUUCUACAUCAUAUGGCGUACCAAAUGGUAACGGAAAUGGAAAUGGUAAAAAUGGCAACGGUAAUGGCAACGGAUACUCGAACGGAAAUGGAAGACAAUAUUUGCCUCCCAAUGGCAAUGGUAACGGUAACGGCAAUGGCAAUGGUAAUGGCCGUCCUAAACCAACAUAUGGAGUUCCCCGCAAUGGUAAUGGCAAUGGAAAUGGAAACGGAAACGGAAACGGUAAUGGCAAACCAAAACCAGUAUAUGGUGUCCCUACAAAUGGAAACGGCAACGGCAACGGAAACGGAUACUCUAACGGCAACGGCAAUGGCAACGGAUAUAGCAGACCAAGUUCAACAUAUGGUGUUCCAAACGGUAACGGAAAUGGAAAUGGCAAUGGCAAUGGAAAUGGAAAACCUAAACCAACAUAUGGAGUACCCAACGGAAACGGUAAUGGAAACGGUUAUGCCAAUGGAAACGGCAACGGAAAUGGAUACGCUGCAAAUGGAGGUUAUGCUAAUGGAGCGCCAGAAGAAAGUACUGAACCUGCGAAGUACCAAUUCGAGUAUCAAGUAAGCGAUCCAGAAUCAGGAAACGAAUUUGGGCACAAGGAGGAAAGAGACGGAGAUUUCACUACCGGCGAGUACAACGUCCUUCUUCCUGAUGGUAGAAAGCAAAUUGUAACGUACGAAGCCGACUUGGAUGGGUACAAACCGGUAGUCACUUAUGAAGGUGGAAAUGGAAAUGGAAACGGUAAUGGAAACGGAUACUCCUAUCCCAACGGCAAUGGAAACGGUAACGGAAACGGAUACUCUUAUCCAAAUGGCAAUGGAAACGGAAAUGGAAACGGAUACAGCAACGGAAACGGCAAUGGGGGCAAUGGAAACGGCAAUGGCAACGGAUAUCCCGGGAGUAACGGAAACGGAUACUCGUACUGAUUGCAGUUUAUUUUCCAAUCUAGUAAUAAAUAUUGCAAAGGAUGCGGGUAUUUGUCUAAUGAAGUGAUGAGGACUGACAAAUAUAUUAGUACCUUUUCCUAAAAAUGCCAAGGAUUUCAACUUAACUCUCACCUAUAUCUAUAACUCUUACCUAGUCU